GCGUCCUCCUGUCUCUUGAGUCCCACAGGCAAGAGCGGGAAAAUAUUGCGCUAAUAGUUUCCGUGUGUGCUCGCUUUUUGCGUAUGCAAAUCUAUUAUGGAGACGACUACCGAGUAUGAGCCGAACAUCUUCAACGUGUCCCUGGAACCUGAGGAGGGCUACACGCCGUAUGGACAGCGGGUAGAAACGUACAUAGUUCCCAUAGUUUUCUUUCUCAUUUUUGUUGUCGGCGUCAUCGGAAACGGCACUUUGGUGAUCGUUUUUUUGCGGCAUCAAGCAAUGCGGAACGUUCCAAAUACAUAUAUUUUCUCCCUGGCUCUGGCUGAUCUGCUAGUGAUUAUCACCUGCGUCCCGUUCACCUCCAUCGUCUACACUGUAGAGUAUUGGCCAUGGGGCGUUGCAGUGUGCAAAAUAUCCGAAUGUGUGAAAGAUAUUAGCAUAGGAGUUUCCGUUUUCACACUUACCGCUCUUUCGGCGGAACGGUAUUGCGCCAUCGUUAAUCCGCUCAAAAGACUUCAAACUAAACCCAUGACCGUGUUAAGUGCAGUCAUGAUUUGGAUAAUUGCUACAGGGUGUGCGCUUCCAAACGCUUUUUUCGCCAGAAUCACCCACGCGCCAAUCAAGGGAAGAGAAAGGAACGAAACCAUCCCUUUCUGUUUUCCCUAUCCAGAUAUUCCCAACUACGAAAAGUACAGUGUGGUGGUCAAAUCAUUAAUUUACUACAUUAUUCCGCUAAUGGUAAUUGCAUGUUUCUACGUCUUGAUGGCAAUUCGACUGCAUACAAGUGCGAAUGAAAUGCCGGGAGAAAUACGAGGAGCACAGGGAAUUUCUCAGGCUAAAGCGCGAAAACACGUCGCCCGUAUGGUUCUCAUUUUUGUUUUCCUGUUUUUUCUAUGUUUGCUUCCGUAUCAUGUGUUCAUGUUAUGGUUCAAUCUCUCCCCAAAUGCCAGGAAGGAAUAUAACGAAUGGUGGCAUGCAAUAAAGAUAGUUGGAUUCUGUUUGAGUUUCCUCAAUUCCUGCGUUAAUCCCGUGGCUCUUUACUGUGUGAGCGGAGUGUUCAGGGCCCAUUUCAACCGAUAUCUUCUAUGCAGGGAACCGCGAUGGCCUAGAAACACUUUUUCAGGCAACUGCGAGACAAGUUUUAACUCGACUAUUCGACGACAUACUCAGAAUACGGCUGUGGACAACACGAGCCUCUACCGAAAAGACCCAGCGGUAGCCAAAUACUUCGAGGAGAGUGCAAAAAAAAUCGAAUCUCAACUUAUCUAGAACAGUUCCGAAUGCAAAUUCCAGACUGGCAAUGGUAAAAAGUCUUGUAUUUGAGGAGAGCACAAUUUAAGAAUAAAAUAUUUAUUGACCACUUGAAA